GACAAGCGACAGAGUAUUUUGUCAAGUUACCGCAAAGUCAAAAAUAAUAUCUAUUUAUUUAUUUGUCUAUUUAUGUAUUAUUUACACGUACUUAUCUGUUUUAUGGAGUUACAAUAAUGAAUUUAUCCGAAGAGAAUAGUUUUUCAAAUGGCUUGUUGUACGUUGGAUUUAAUCAAGACCAAGGUUGUUUUGCUUGCGGAACGGAGAAUGGAUUUCGAGUUUUUAAUAGUGAUCCACUGAAGGAAAAAGAACGUCAAAAUUUUGCCGAGGGAGGCCUUUCUUAUGUAGAAAUGCUAUUUAGAUGUAAUUACAUGGCCUUAGUAGGUGGUGGUAAAACACCUGUCUAUCCUCCAAAUAGAGUAAUAAUAUGGGAUGAUUUGAAGAAAGAUUCUGCUAUAGCAUUAGAUUUUAACAGCCCAGUUAAAGCUGUGAAGUUAAGAAGAGACCGGAUUGUUGUUGUUUUGGAAAAUUUAAUAAAAGUAUACACAUUUACUGCACAACCACAGUUACUACAUAUAUUUGAAACAUGUCAAAACCUGAGAGGUCUAUGUGUAGUUUGUCCAAACAGCAAUAAUGCUUUGUUAGCAUAUCCUAGUCGUAAAACUGGACAUGUACAGUUGGUGGAAUUAAGCAGUCAUGCUGGCACCAGCACAGCUCCAGAGGGGCAUCUCAUAGCCGCACAUGAAGCUCCCUUGAGUUGCUUAGCCUUGAAUGUGGGAGGGACAAGGCUUGCUACAGCCUCUACUAAAGGAACUCUCAUUAGGGUGUUUGAUACAGCUACUGGGCAAAAACUGGCAGAAUUGAGGAGGGGAGCUAAUCAGGCAACUAUAUACUGUAUAAACUUCAAUCACACAAGCACAAACUUGUGUGUAGCAUCAGAUCAUGGCACAGUGCAUGUAUUUAGUCUGGACGAAGAGAAACUCAACAAGCAAUCUAAUUUGGCGACAGUUUACCUUCUGCCGAAAUAUUUUUCAAGUAACUGGAGUUUCUGCAAGUUUACAAUACCUAAUGGACCACCAUGUAUCUGUGCUUUUGGUGUUGACAAGAGCUCCAUCAUAGUUAUCUGUGCUGAUGGAUCGUACUACAAAUAUAAAUUCAACGAAAAAGGCGAAUGUACAAGGGAUGUUUACGCGCAAUUCCUAGAAACGUCGGAAGAUAGAUAAAUGUGAUAAAUGUUUUGGUUAAGAAUUUUAUAUCUACGACUUGAAAUUAGUUGUGUCGAUGCUAAUUUCUACUUUGUGACCUAAAUGGGGUACUAUAAAAUUUUGUUCUGAAAUAAUAUUUUAUAUGAUAAGCAAAUUAGAGACUGCUACAUUAUCAUGAUAGUAAUUAUUGUUGCUUUUAUAGACCAUUUCACUUAAAAUGUUUGCCAUUCUUGCACUUGCUGUGUAGCACAAGAAACAUUAUUAUCAUUCUGUCUAGGUUAUUCCUAAUUGAAUCAAUAAUAAUUUGGUCUAGAUAUUUGAAUAAAGCAUUACAAAAAUAAUCCUGAUCACGAACUUUGAUUUAAGUAAAUUAAAAUUUAAGACCAAAUGAGUGUAUAGGUAAUGAUCGAAAAAAAAAAAAUUAUAAACAUCAAUUAAGUAUUCAAGUAAAGCCUGAAAUUUAAAGAUCUCAAAAACAUAUGAAACCAAAUUAUUCAUUUUAAAUUA